AUGGAGAAUGCUGCAGAGAUCCAUUAUCCCACCUUUGAGUCGACAGAGUCUAUCCACACACACAACUUGAACGACCACUUGGACAGUGAUGGCUCUGCAACGUUCACAGCCCACAGACUCUCGCCCAGCCAGGAGCGCAAGCUCGUCGACUACCUCGAAGACCACCUCCUCGAAAUCACCCGCAAUUACAAAAAGCGCUCACAUCCCUCGUCUACGCUGCCCACCCUCGCUUCCUACCUGACUGCGGUGCACCCACUCCUCGCGCUCGUCCUCCAGAUACCGCCCGCGGGUCCAUCCGCGUCCUUGCGCACGUCUCUCCUUCUCCGGCUGACGGGCGAAGUCCUGGAGUCUAUCGCGGGCUACAGACCCGACGUCGACACGCUCCCCCAACUCCUCCAAUGGCUAGACGAUCUUGACAAAGGAUGGCUCACCGUCCUGUGGGGCCAAGCAUGGGACUCCGUCGCACAUGCAGGCGUCGAUUGUAGGCCCGGGCAGUGUCGGCGGGACGCCGUCCGUAACCAGACCGACCGCACGCGCCUCCGGAGCAUCCUCAUCGGGGGCACGAACCGCAUGGAGGAGUGGCUAGCAGACAUCGACGCGACCGACCAGAACUUCCAGGCCGCGCUGGAGACGAUGGGGCUGCAGAUGGGCUUCAACGACCUCUUUGCGCGGACGCUGGGCGAGAUGGGUUCGUUGGAUGGGUCGAUGCCUGUCGACCCUCAUAGGAUGGCAGAGACGUGCUAG